AUGCCCUUAAGCACCAAACGAUCGUCUCUAGCUGGUCUGAGUGGUGGACUUCCCCAACCUUUGGAAGACAAAGCUAUCUCUGGUGACGUCUCCAAGAUCAGCAAUGCCAUCAAGAAUCAUGUCCAGAGUUACUACCACACAAGCCAUGUCAACCCUGGUCUCAUCGACUAUGAGGACCUCCAUGCAUUGGGGCCAGGCCUCCCAGUCUCGGUAGGAACGCUCACUACAUUGAUUGGAAAUGCUGCAACUAGAGAGAUCGCACUAAGAUUCAUCAUCGCUUGGGUGGUAAUAUCGAAACUUCAGCCCUCCAAAGAUCCUAUAAAGAGCCUCUUGCCGUCCGAAGUCGCCCAAUGUUACCAAGCCGUCGCAAAUGGAGAUCGUGGCUACCAGGCUCAAACGUCAUUGAUGGCACGCUGGCGGGUCAUGACUGCUGAGUUGAUGCAGUCGAGCUACAUUCGCAAUCCCUUCGGUCCUUCCGACAGUCGACAUGCAAGCAUACAGGCAACGCUUGCAACAUUAGACAACGUUCUGCAACCAUACGCGGACUCUCGCAUGAACAAUGGAGAGCGUAAGCGGAAUCUUGAGGAAGUACUGAAGCGGGCUGCGCUUUUCGCUUUCACGCUGUUUUCCCAGCCUAGCGCAUGGGAAUUCGAGUGGCAGGAGGAACAAGGUGUCACGUCAGGGGACUUGUGCAUUUUCCCCGCUCUUGUGCAAGUAGCGGACGAGGCUGGUAAUUCAGUCAGCCCGCCGCGGCCUUUCAGCGAGGCUGUGGUGAGACGGUUGGAUGCAUGA